AUGGGCAAGACACUGAAGAAACAAAUCAUGUCCCAUCCUUCUCCUACUGGUCUGCCAAAGGCACCGGUGGUCUAUCUCAAUGACCCAGCUGCCGACAUGCCUCAUGCCAGUUCCCUGCGCGACAUGAUCCCGUGCUCACAGGUUGUCUUCCUGUCCAAAAUCGACAUGCCAGCGGACUGUCCCGUUCAGGGUCGCAACAUGGUCGCCUCCGACAUUCGCAACGGCACCUACGAUCGUAACGUGGCCAUCGUCAACGAGAACUUUGCGGAUUCACAGAUCAAAGAAAAGAUCGACACCGCACACCUUCUCCGCGAAGAGUCGAUCAAACAUGGUUGCAACUUUGUCACUGUGAACCUGUAUCUCGCCCAUGGCACUCCCACCGAGGACAAGAGCAAAUGGGGCACCAAUCAUCUCGACUUCUGCAUUGGUGGCAUGAGCGCGCAGCAAGUUGCCGAGCGUGUCUACCGCUGGCUCUUCAAAGUCUUCUCUGUCCACGAAAGCCUCCAUCUGAUCCCAGAAAGCGAAAUGCUGGCCAUCGACGCCCAAGCCUUCCCGGACUAUCGAUACUGUCCAAUCAGCGAGAGCAAGAGCCAUCCAAAAGACGCAAAGCUCCAAUUCGUUACUCUUGUUCUCAGCAAGGCUGUUGUUGGACCAGAACAAAAGUUGACAUGGACUGUUGCAGACAAAACCGGUGUGGCCACUUUCUACUUCCAAUACCGUGGACCCUCCUCUCAGUACACCUGGGACUGGGUUUUGGCACUCCAGCCAGGCGAACGCCGAGCACUUCCCCGCAUGCCGAUGGUGGAAAUCAAAGAACGCAAGACCGUGCGUGUAAUCAAAGCACCCUUCCGCACCGUCGGCUUUGUUGUUGAAGGCGUAGGCCUAGCAGUCCGUUCUGUCGGUCAAGGUGUCGUGAAGCUCGGCGAGUUGGGCAGAUUGGGCAAGAGUUCCGAGUGGGUUGCGAAAGAAGACGUGGUCAAUGGCAAGAAGGUUGAUUGGCCUGCGGUGUUUGCGAAGGAAGGGCGGGCCAAGGACGCCAAAAUUGAGCAGGGAUGCAAGUGUACCACGCCAAAGGUCUUCAACGAGAAAGGUGAGAAGGUCUGGAAGGACGACGACAGUACUGCCAGUACCACUGGGGGAGAUGACGCCGUCGACGAGAAGGUCAUCAAGGAGUUCUGCUGA